AUGCGGAAUGCUUUCGCACCCCUCGUCCUCCUCCCCACACUUGCGCUCGCUGCGCCCGACUUCGUAACCGGCUUCCAACCGGCCAUCCUCGAGGAAUCGCCCGCACAAAGCAACAACACCCUGAUCGAAGAUGGCGGUCUCGACCUUCUCCGGCGUCAGGAGUCAAACUGCGCAAGCGGAUAUUCGGUUUGCACCAGCAUUAACCGACCGGACAUCUGUUGCCGAACGAACCAAGUGUGCAGCGCCGACCGAGCAGGGAACGCCGCAUGCUGUCCCAUCGGCGCCGCGUGUACUGGAACAAUUGGCGUCAUAGUCGGACCUAGCACUUCGAUUUCUGUGUCCGGUACAACAGCGAGUUCGCAGACUGGCUUUUCAACGCCCACAAUCACGGGCACAGGCACGACCGAUGCUCCAUCUUUCGUUCAGUCGCCUUCCAAUGGUGCUUCGCCGGCCCGAUCCACGGUACCGAAUUCAUUCUACCCUUUUCCCUUCAUACCAACCACUUACACCGCUGCAGCUGCCUGCUCCUCGGCUUAUACGAGCUGUCAGUCGGAUGCUGCGAGCUGUACGGCUGCUCUAGCGGACGGCCGACAAGGUAUCACUAUUUCCGCGCCCAAUGGUGGUAUGACAGUGACGGCGGUUCCCAGCUUGGGGGCUCAAAGUGCUCAGAGCAUCUGCCAGAGUUUGAGCUCCAAGGCGUGUUAUGAGCUUCAAGUAGCAGCUUGCGCAAGUUUCGGAGGUGGUUCUGGGGCGGUGCCGACAGGAUGCGUAGAUCGGUACAAGGUAGGUGCUGGUCUCGCCCUGGGAAUUGCUGGCCAGAUGCUCAGGUGA